UCAUUCAUGCGGCAUUCGAAAAUUAACGGCAUUCGAAAAUUGUACUUCGGCGCUGGCGGUUGUGCGCGCGUGCGAUAAACAGAAGAAGAAGAAGAAGGAAAAGAAGACGACGACGACGAAGGAAGACGCAAAAGUAGCGGCCAGUAGCGAAAUCAUAACAAAGUCACGGAACACUGUUCAUUUUUUUUCCUGUGUACAUGCCACAAAAGGUACAAGAGAAACAACAGCCACAACAGCAACAACAACAACAGCAACAACGGCAGCAGCAACGGCUAAACACAAGUGCGAAAUAUGCAAAUUUAUGAGCUAACUAAUUGAGUCGAGUGUGCGUGCGUGUGCGUGUGUGUGUGUGUGCGUGUCUCGUGUGCGCACGUGUGUGUGUGUGACAGGUGUUUAUCUAUCCAUCGGUGAUCUUGCACCCACACCAAAUCACGAAUAACAAAUAACGAAUAGCGGUAAACGUGAAUACCAGUAGCCUGAUCUCUCGCGCUCUUUCUCGCCCGCCCCCACGCUCUCUCCAUCUCCCUCUGACACGCGUGUGGCGAGUUUUCGCAUUCAAUUAGCGCUAAAAUUGAAUAACAUAAACAAUAAGCAAAAACGCAUUCCUCUGUGCAGCAACAACAAUUGAAUAAUAACGACCGGACCGAGCCGACCGCAAAAGCAAAAGCUAAAUAAAUAAAUACACAGCAUACGCAAUUACAACAGCAACAGCAACAACAACAAGAGCCUUGUGCUUCCUGCGAUAGAGCAACAACAACAAACAGCAGGAACAACAACUCAAUUUCUGCAUAUAUGAUGACUAUGGACAUUACCAAAACCGAACCCGGACUCGUCGGGCUUUCCUCCAACCAACAGCAGCAGCAAUCGCAGCAAAGCAACGCCGGCAUGAACAGCGGUGGCCAGAACAACGGCCAGAACAAUCCCAAUGGCAAUGGGAACGUGGUCAAUGUGGUCAACUCCGGCGGUGCCGGUGGCGGUGGCGGCAACAAUGGCAACGGGAAUGUCCAGAGCAUCGCUGCCGCUGCCAACAAUAAUAACAAUAACAACAACAACGGCAGCCAAUUGUGCGCCGGUUGCGGCAAGCACAUCCAGGACCGGUACCUCCUCCGCGCCCUGGACAUGCUGUGGCACGAGGACUGCCUCAAGUGCGGCUGCUGCGACUGCCGCCUGGGCGAGGUGGGCUCCACGCUCUACACCAAGGGCAACCUGAUGCUCUGCAAGCGGGACUACUUGAGAUUGUUCGGCAACACGGGCUACUGCGCCGCCUGCAGCAAGGUGAUCCCGGCCUUCGAGAUGGUGAUGCGUGCCCGGACCAAUGUCUACCACCUGGAGUGCUUCGCCUGUCAACAGUGUAACCACAGAUUCUGCGUGGGCGACCGCUUCUACCUGUGCGAGAACAAGAUACUCUGCGAGUACGACUACGAGGAGCGCCUGGUCUUCGCCUCGAUGGCCAAUCAUCCGAUGCUGAAGCGACACGUCUCAUCCUUGGGCCAGGGCUCGCCGACGGGAGCGGCCGGGGCGCAGAAUACCGCUGGCGGAUUGCUGGGCGGCGGACCCGGAGGCGGCAGUGUGAAUGGCGUGGGCAUGGUCAAUGGACCGCGCACCCCUGGCGAUCACAACAACAACAACAAUGGCCCCCAGACGCCAACCGGCGGUGGAUCGCCGUUCGCAGCAGCUGCUGCUGCCGCCGCCGCCGCUGCCCAUAUGAAGAAUCAACUGGGAGCGUCCAGCUAAAAUAAAGCCUUGGGCAUGGGCGCCGCUGGGGCUGUUGUGACGGGAUCUGGAGUCGGCGCUGGAGUUGGAGUGGGAGUGGGAGUGGGAGCGGCGAGUCAGCAGUUCUACUCGGGCUUCGGGCUGCAGCAUCAGCACCAGCACCCGCACCAGCAUCAGCAUCAGCAGCAUCACCAACAGCAGCAGCAGCAGCAACAGCUCAUGGGAUUGGGCCUGGGCAUGGGCGGCGGCGUCGGCGUCGGCGUCGGCGUCGGCGGCGGUGGAGCAGCAGGAUCCGCCGGCGGACCAGGUGGAGGCGCAGGCGGUGGCGGAGGCGUUGGCAGCAUCGGAAGCGGCUGCAAGCGCUACCAAAGAAAGUUCUACAACCGCAACUGAGGGAUUCGACGGGGGAGAAAACGCUAGCGGAAAGGAUACAGAAAUCCAGAAUCGAUAUUCAAAUCUUCGUUUGCUUUGACUGAGUUCAAGUUUUAUAGUUUUAAAGGCCUAGUUUAGUUAGCCUACGCAAAAGUACUUGCUGAAUUUGCUGACAUUUUUGGAUCCUAACAUUUAAGAGACAAUAUGUUUACUUAGUUAUAUUCGAGAAUAGCCCCCUAUUUGUUUUUAAACCAUUUUUUUUUCUUUCCACUAAGACCUGUACAUAUUUUCCUUGUAAACUGUUGACUUAUUAGCGCGAUCCUUUUUUUUACAUACUCCACCAUAUAGAUAUAUUCGUAUUUAUCUACUCGUAUGUAUAUGCAUAAAUAAUUUUAUUUUCACGCUCGAAGCGUGCGGUGCCAAAACAAAUUCAAAGCAGUGCCAAAAAGUUAAAAAAUAAACGAAGGACU